AUGUGUCAGAGGAAACACCGUGAAAUUAAAGUGAGGGCUGACUGUGAGAGGGCUAACUGUGAGAGGCCUAACUGUGAGAGGCCUAACUGUGAGAGGACUAACUGUGAGAGGCCUAACUGUGAGAGGCCUAACUGUGAGAGGCCUAACUGUGAGAGGGCUAACUGUGAGAGGGCUAACUGUGAGAGGCCUAACUGUGAGAGGACUAACUGUGAGAGGGCUAACUGUGAGAGGCCUAACUGUGAGAGGCCUAACUGUGAGAGGCCUAACUGUGAGAGUGUUAACUGUGAGAGUGUUAACUGUGAGAGGCCUAACUGUGAGAGGACUAACUGUGAGAGGCCUAACUGUGAGAGGCCUAACUGUGAGAGGCCUAACUGUGAGAGGGUUAACUGUGAGAGGCCUAACUGUGAGAGGGCUAACUGUGAGAGGGCUAACUGUGAGAGGCCUAACUGUGAGAGGCCUAACUGUGAGAGGGCUAACUGUGAGAGGGCUAACUGUGAGAGGGCUAACUGUGAGAGGCCUAACUGUGAGAGGCCUAACUGUGAGAGGGCUAACUGUGAGAGGCCUAACUGUGAGAGGCCUAACUGUGAGAGGACUAACUGUGAGAGGGCUAACUGUGAGAGGCCUAACUGUGAGAGGGUUAACUGUGAGAGGCCUAACUGUGAGAGGACUAACUGUGAGAGGCCUAACUGUGAGAGGCCUAACUGUGAGAGGGCUAACUGUGAGAGGCCUAACUGUGAGAGGGCUAACUGUGAGAGGCCUAAAUGUGAGAGGCCUAACUGUGAGAGGCCUAACUGUGAGAGGCCUAACUGUGAGAGGCCUAACUGUGAGAGGCCUAACUGUGAGAGGCCUAACUGUGAGAGGGCUAACUGUGAGAGGGCUAACUGUGAGAGGGCUAACUGUGAGAGGCCUAACUGUGAGAGGGCUAACUGUGAGAGGGCUAACUGUGAGAGGCCUAACUGUGAGAGGCCUAACUGUGAGAGGGCUAACUGUGAGAGGACUAACUGUGAGAGGGCUAAAGAGAACACAGUGGAGCACCCCAGGACCAUGCUGGCAAGCUGGCAAGGUAGACGGCUGACAACGGGUUAG